AUGGUACUGGUUCGUCUAAAACUAAAAAGAUUUCCUUCAGAAAGUUUCUCCAAACUACACGCGAGUCGUGCGAGUCCUUUUCAUAUUACUAAGAAAUUAGGCAGUAAUGCCUAUGCCAUAGACUUACCUUUUGAAUUUGAUAUUAGUCCAGUUUUCAACAUUGAAGACAUUACUGCCUUUAAAAGUGAUGAAGAUGUUUCAAGUCAUACUUCCAGAACGGAGGAAAUGCCAGCAGGCUUUCCUGAAGUCCCUACAACCACUACACCACAAGAGGACAUUGUCUCCAUCAUGGAUCACCAGUUCGUUUCUAUGCGUCGCAAGGGAUAUUACAAAUUUUUAGUUCACUGGCGACAUGGACCCCUCUCCGACUCAGCAUGGGUCAAAGGUAUUGAGCUUCAGCGACUGCACCCAGACUUGGUUACUGCAUAUGUUCACCAUAACUUGCCAGAGUCAAGUUCUUUAGAGGAGUUAGCAAUUGAUGCAAAUCAGGAGGAGACAGAGGAAGGAACCCUGUAA